GCAGUAACCCAUACCAGGCUGCUCCACGCUCUGAAUGUGACGUCGGGACACUGAUUGGUGGAGCGAAGGUCACGUGGCACUGGCAUUCUGGGAGGUUCUGAAGAUGGCGGUUAUGGCAGUUGGAAUGAGGGAAUUGGAUUCGCAUUUGCUGUUGCAUCCGGAGCUUCUGUCUGGGGACUUUCUCCUGCAGCUCCUGGAGCAGAGAAAAAUACCUACUGAGAACCUGCAUGAAGCUCAGAAGGAUCAGAUUGUUGAAGUGUACGUUCAGCAUGUCAUUCCACUGCCGCAGAGAGAGCUGCCCAAGAGUAGAUGGGGGCGAAUGAUGGCUGAGAAAAGAGGUCAACAAUCCAUGUGUAUUGCACAGAUUAAAAGACCAACAAUGGAGGGCUCGAGGAAAAGACCACUUAUUGUGUUUGAUGGCAGCUCUACAAGCACGAAAAUAAAGCUCAAAAAAACCGAAAAUACUAUGGCAGAUCAGCUAAAACAGUUGCCGACAGGAAAUAUGGGUACCACCCACAUGAAUAAACUAUCUGUCCAGCCAAGUGGCACAAAUAUUCUGACCGAUAAUAAUGUGGUCAAAAGUCCAGUUCAAGGUGUUGUACCUAGCAAUGAUAUGGUUACCAUGAAACAUGGAGGUGUUAUGCCUUUGAAAACCUCUCCAUUGCCUUAUCCAACAUCUGGAGGCACCAAUCCCAUAAAACUAAAGCGAGCACUUGCAAAAGAUGGAGAGGGAGAUGCACCAGUGGAGUUAAGAUCUACAGAGCCAAAGAAAAAGAUUCAACAUAUUACCUGGCCGUAAGGUCUGACAGUCCUGUUUUUACAGAGAAGGUGUUACAUUUACAUUUUGAUGUCAUGCCAACUAGCCUGUUGGAAAUGGCAGACUGGAAAACCAACUGGGAAUAAGGCAUCCAUUAAGCAGUUAAUCGAUGUCCAUGAUCCAUUUUGGUUCUGUAAAAUAGACCAGCCAGUGAAGUAAUAUCUUUCACUGAACAAUUUUAUACUAUGAUACAAAUUAUAUACUUCAAAACAGUUUUGGAUAUCGUUGCUUUCUGUUUGUGAAAGGAACAAAUUCACUUGAAUAGAAAUAGGAAUAUUCUGUCAGUCACGAAUCAGGUAUAAUGCAUCUCUUUAUGCACAAUUUACACAAGUCUGCAUUUAACAAUCUAUAUGUUUGGGCUAAAUUUGAGACUUUUAAAUACCUUUUAAGCUUAAAAAAAGUCACAUCUGAUUCUGUUAACAAUGCACUGUAGUUUCCCAGAUAUUGUCAUUUUCCAAUCUUAAGUCAUGAGAAAAUAUGGCACUUUAGUGUUGGCAACAAAAGUCUCUGCAAAUAAAAACAAUAGAAAUCAACUACAGGUAUUAUGUACUAAUGGAAACUUAUGCCUCUUUAAUAAAUCCAGUGUGGAUGAUCUUUAUGA